GGGCAAUUAAGAUGCGGGACUCCAGUAAAAGCAUAGAAGUUUACGCCUAGCCUGGGAGAAGACUAAUAACAGAUUAUCAGCAAGAGAAUUUAUCAUAAAACGUCAUGAAUCUUACAUGAAUCUAUCAAAAUACGGUAGAGUCAUAGUCAUGGCUUCUGAAACUUUUCAAAUUCCACGAAUAUCAGCACCAUCUGAUCAUAACUUCAGAGCAAACCAUUUACGAAAAGGUGUCCCUGUAGUUAUAACAGAUGUAGCAGACAAAUGGCCUGCAGCAGAGUGGACGCUGGAUGAACUGACCAGAAAGGCAGGACACAACAAGGCAUUUAUUAGGCAACAAACUGACAAGGAAUCAUAUAAGGUUGGUAAAUCCUACAGCAUAAGAGAAAGCCCCCUGAAGGAAUACAUCGAUGACAUCAGAGCUGACAACAGCAGAGCAAGGAGUUCUUACCUGGCAGUACAGAAUAUUCGCAGUACAUUUCCAGAGUUAGAGGCUGAUAUUAAUGUACCAGGAUAUGUUGAAAAGCUACAUGGAGGACCUUAUCUCUGGAUCGCAAUGAAAGGGCAUUAUGAAUUCUGCCACUUCGAUCCAGACGAUGGUCUCCUAGUCAUCUUAUCUGGUUCUAAGAGGGUCAAACUAUAUGGUUGUGACAUUCAACCUUUGUACCCUAAUCCUCUGGGGUCAAGAGGUCGCACCAUCCAAGCACAGGUCAACUGUGAUGCACCUGAUCUAGAAACCUUCCCAAAGUUUAAAGGGGCGCAGUGUCACGAGUGUGUACUGAAUGCUGGGGAAAUGUUAUUCAUCCCUGCUUUCUGGUGGCAUCAGGUAACAGCUUUAGAGAUGACUAUCUCAAUCAAUUUCUUCUACGGAGAUGCUGGAGAUAAUACGUACCUUACUAAGAUCAUGGAACCCAUGAGAUGGCAAGCCUACUCCCACUGGUUUCUCAACAUCGUGGAGCAGAACCGACCAUUUGAGUCCUUCCAGCGUGUCCUUGAGAACCUCCCAGACAGCCUCAGGAGCUUCUUCCUCAAGACAUGGCAUGAGAAACCAUCACAGGACCAGCUGGACAGACUAGUCAAACUGGUCCUGGAUCACCUUCAGUUGGACUCCCUUCCCGUAGGUCCAGCCAGGACUAGUAAACAUCCGCCAGUCAUGAAAAUCAGGGGUCUACUCUGGCGGAAAUGAGUCGGGUUAAAUGAAAGUGUCUAAAAAUUGAAUGGAGACCCAUAGGAUGUCGUUAAAGGAGUCUUUCAGAAACUGCAGAAGAGAACACCUCAACUUGGACAACAGGCCCCAAGAUUCAGUCGAGUAAACAUCCACCGAUGAUAAAAGAGUUCUGUUGUACUCUGGUAAAAAUGAGUUCAGUUUUAUGCUAGUGGCCAAUGAGUAUACAGAGACCUACAUAUCACGAGCAUCCUUUUCAAGAUGCUCGUGAAGGAGUCUUAGAAGAACUGCAGAAGAGAACAUCUUUACAUUUGAACUUCGUUUAUCAAGGUUCAGUUGGGACGAGUAAGCACCUGUCAGUAUAGAAAUUAGAUUUCUAUAGAGGCAAAAAUGAACAAGUGAUCGUUAGCUGGAGAUCUAUGUUGUUGCAUUUAGAAAAGCUUCCAUUUUAAAUGGCCACAUAUGCAUCUUGCAAGAACUGCAGAAGAGCACACAUUUACAGGCGACGUUCCAAGGGUCAGACAAGACCGUCAUGAGCAUUUGGCAAUCUGGGGCUACUGUCAUGAGAUUAUUCAGGAAUGAUAGAAAGGCUGCCCAUGAUGGUUUCAUGUGGAGUGCACAGAGUUAGUUGGGCUCACUAGGGAUGAAGUAGAAGCUAAGGAUUAUUCUGUACAGAGAUUGAAGAACCUCAUCAAGGGCUUAUUUUUCAAGAUUUUAUUUGUCAAAACCUAGUGGAAAACUACAGAGGAAGUAGACAAGCGAGCCGAGAGACAACAUUAAAAUUAUGGGUCAAAACCACCACCUAGUCGAUCAAGCUGGAUACAGAGGUGAUAUAAAAUACAUGUACAUGUAUAUACAUGUGGCUAUUCUAAGCUUCUGUUCUAACAAACCAACUAUUAAACAUUUGCAAUACAAGUUCUGUAUCACUAUACAUGUACAACUACUGCUGGCAUAAAAGAGGGAGGGGGUGGGGGGGGGGGGGGGGGGGAGUAACAUUUGUUAAAGAACUCUUCACUUAAAAUUUUGUCUCAAUGGUGCCAGGAAGCACACUAUUAAAGGCAAUAUACAUUGUAUUGCAAUUAAGAGAUUUAAUGGCAAACAAAAGUUUUUAUUGUAAUCAGAUAAUCUUUAAACUUGUGUAAAUACAAGCAUCUGAAAUAAAUUUAUUGCAAACAUCUCUAAUGCAUUUCAA